CCUUAGUCAGCCUCAGCCUUUUCUCUAAGUUGCAUGCUCCAUCUUGAAGACACAACUUGGUCUUGGGUAUCAUCAUCUGUUAUUUGUUUGUUAGGCUUUAUCACCGAAAAACAUAAUAUCUAGUUAGACUUAGAGCCCUAAAACCCUUCUAAGAUAUGCACGCAGGAGAUAGUGUCAUUUCCGUCUUUCACCAGCCUAGACUAGGGCAGUCGCGAAUACGAGCUCUGUAACGGUUUAAGGACAGAUCGCCAUGGGCUGUACAAGACUUAAAAUUUGAAGCUUCAUUGCCUGGCGGCGGAUGUCUCGUCGCAGUUGGAGUCGGGAGGUGGGUCCUCAGCAGCAGCAGCAGUGAUGCGGGCUUCAGUGGCAGGCUGCAGGAUGAGCGUGGGAGCACUCCUUAACGGGCUGCUGGUUUCUGUAGUUGCAGCUCUGCUUUGGAAGUAUUCCAAGCUGAGUGAGCAUGCUGCCCUGCUGGAGGAAGAGCUGCACAUGACACGGCAGUCCCAGGAGCUCUCGCAGGCCCGCAUUGACUACCAUGUUGCCUUGCAGGCUCUUCAGGAACACGGCACUCGCAUGGUCUGCACCGGCAAGAUGCACACCGACCGCAUCUGCCGCUUUGACUACCUCUGCUACUGCUCUGAAGCAGAGGAGUUUGUGUUCUUCCAUUCCAAUUCCUCCGUCAUGUUGCCUAACCUGGGGUCUAGGCGUUUCCAACCUGCCCUGCUGGACUUGUCCUCGGUAGAGGAUCACAACACCCAGUACUUCAACUUUUUAGAACUCCCAGCUGCUACUUUAAAGUUUAUGCCCAAGCCUGUGUUUGUACCAGAUGUGACACUGAUCCUAAACCGGUUUAAUCCAGACAACUUAAUGCAUGUAUUCCAUGAUGACCUGCUCCCAGCCUUCUAUACUAUGAAACAGUAUUCAGACUUAGAUGAUGAGGCUCGUUUGGUUUUUAUGGAGGGCUGGGGCGAAGGCCCACACUUUGACCUCUACCGACUUCUUAGCAGCAAGCAGCCACUGCUGAAAGAGCAGCUUAGGAACUUUGGCAAACUCAUGUGUUUUACAAAAUCUUACGUUGGCUUAUCCAAGAUGACCACCUGGUACCAGUAUGGUUUUGUUCAGCCACAGGGGCCCAAAGCCAACAUGUUGGUCUCGGGAAAUGAGGUCCGACAGUUUGCCAGGGCUCUGAUGGAGAGAAUGAACAUCACAAGGGUGGAGGAGGUCGAGAAGGAUGGGGGGAGCUCUGAAGAUGAGAAGGACAAAGAGAAGAAGGAUGAAUACAUUGUUGUGUUUAGUCGUUCAACGACGAGGCUGAUACUAAAUGAAGCAGAGCUAAUCAUGGCGCUGGCCCAGGAGUUCCAGAUGAGAGUUGUCACGGUAUCACUGGAGGAACAGUCCUUCCCCGGCAUCGUGCAGGUGAUCAGCGGUGCUUCCAUGUUAGUCAGUAUGCACGGAGCUCAGCUUAUCACCUCCCUCUUCCUCCCCAGAGGAGCUGCUGUGGUGGAGCUGUACCCUUUUGCUGUUAACCCAGAGCAAUACACCCCGUAUAAAACCCUUGCGUCCCUUCCAGGCAUGGACCUUCACUACAUCUCCUGGAGGAACACUAAGGAGGAGAACACCAUCACCCACCCAGACAGACCCUGGGAACAAGGGGGCAUUGCGCACUUGGAGAAGGAGGAGCAAGAGCGAAUACUGGCUAGCAAAGAUGUCCCCAGGCACUUGUGCUGCCGCAACCCAGAGUGGCUCUUCCGGAUCUACCAGGACACUUUGGUCGACAUCCCUUCCUUCCUGGAAGUCCUCAAAGAGGGAAUGAAGACAAAGCCCAGCUUGAAGAAGUCAAAGCCGGCCAGCACAGUCCAUCCAGGCCGGGUCAGAGAACCGCAGUGUCAGACCUCAGUACAAACCACUAAUGAGGCUAAACUCACAGUCUCCUGGCAGAUCCCAUGGAAUCUGAAAUACCUGAAGGUAAGAGAGGUGAAGUAUGAGGUGUGGAUCCAGGAGCAGGGAGAGAACACCUACAUGCCUUAUAUCCUUCCCCAGCAGAACUACACUUUUUCAGAGAACAUUAAGCCCUUCACCACCUACCUGGUGUGGGUCAGGUGUAUCUUCAACAAGAACCUCCUGGGCCCCUUUGCAGAUGUUCUUACGUGCAGGACCUAGCAAGAACACCUUGCCAGUUUGCAGUUUGACACUAAACUUGUUCCAGACAAUCAAAUUGGAACAGUGAACUGUUUGAAUACGUUUUGUCUUGUCGGGGUUGGCAAAUGUGAUAAGGCACAUAUAUCUACAAUCCUAGUAUAGGCUGUUGAAUUAUUGCACAGUGAUAUUUCUUUGGCCAGCACAGAGAACGGAAAAGACUUCUGGAUGGACUGCAAAAGAGUUGAACCACAGGGUCAAACUCAAUGGCAACCACCGUUAAUGUAUGGAAAGUAUAUUUCCUGUAACUAUGAAAGAAAGAGAGAGCUAAACCAUGUCUCUAUUGAAAAUACCAGAAUUCAAAUCAGCAGAUUUAUUUAUGUUCAAAAUAAUAUAUACUUUUAUUAGUAUUUGUCAAACACUGGUUCUUUACCUUUUCAGUAUGCAAUAUAGCUUUUCUGUGGAGAGCAAGAGAGAUUUUAGAAUAGCAGAUUUUUUAUGCUUUCUGACUUGUCCAAUGUCUACUGUGUGUGUGUGAUAACUGUGUGGCUUAGUUUACCUACCAAUUGUUUAAUUACAUACACCUUUAUUUGCAGAACCUAGCCAAAACCAAAGCAAAUUUUUCACAUCAUUUCAGCCAAUCAUCAUUCAUGCCAUAUUACUUUCUUGUGUUACAGAUGUCUGGUAUUACUUGGAACUAUAUCAUUUUAAACCAUGUCUCUAAAACAUAGGAUUUGUGGAAAAAAGAAGUGUCAAGCAAGACUUUUCUUGAAUACCAUAAUCCUUUUUUUUACCCUGAAAGCAAGGAUAUGUGUAAUUUCAGAAUAUGUUCCUUUAAAUUGUUCCUUUUAUAUGUUGUUACUUUUAAAUAUUACAACACACAAUUGUUUGUGUUUCCGCAGCGUCCAGCCUUAAAUUAUUUAUAUCAAUUUUACUGCAUAAAUAAAUUAUUUUUCUCUAAUUGGCCCUAAUUACAACAGUAAUAAUUAUAAUUUUCUGUGGAGAGUGAAUCUAUUACGUCAGGCUAUAAUUAGUGAAAGCAGUUUCCUUCUGUAAGCAGCAGUAUGCUGCUGGACAGUUGGAUUUUACUGCCUUGUGUAAGAUAACAAGGUAUGUUGCAUGGUGGGAUUCCAUUGCCUUGCGUAAAACUCUGUUAAUUAAAAUAAAUUCCCAGCUAUGUGUCUUUUUACUUUCAUCAAAGGUUUUCUAGGCGGUAAGAAGUCUAAUGUUGAAUUUUAGAUUGAAACAGCAGACAUCCAGAGCUGGCUGUUGAAGAUUUUGUGUCAUUUGCUAAUGAUGUGCUGCUUGUAGCUAGACUGCAAAUAUGUAUUUAUUUUUUAAGAACUUUUUGCAGGCACUAGUUUGUGAUAGUAGAGAUGUAGCAAGAGAUGGUUUAUGGAAUGGCACAAGUUAAACAAUACACUGCCACCAACAUAUUGUGCCAUUGUUAAGACAAUGUCAUUUUCUUUCUUAUUCCUGGACUUUAUAUCUGUGACCAGUCCUGUAAGCAUUGCAUUGCCCUGUAUGUAAUGUUUUGACUGUUGGCCACUAUGAAGAUCCUUUUUCCUUCACCUGAGAUCUUUAAUUGGAAUUUGCUAUAUAUCCCUUUGUUCAGUUUUUCGCUUCACUGAUAGCCCUCAGAUCUGUUUGGCGAUGCACGUUUAAGAGAUUAUUUUAAGCCAUUGCUGUGUGUGUAGGAUGUGAUGGUUUAGAUAUGUAUCUGUUUGUACCGUUGAUUAGAUUUCUGUGUGCCCCUGCCCCACCUCAGUGGAGACAUAUUGUAUGUGCUGAAUGAAGUGAGAGAGUACAAGUCUCUGUUUUCUACAUUAGCAACUAGUGACUGUGAUUGAAUAAAGAAGCUUAUUUCUUAUGG